AUGUCUGUCACCAAACGAGUUGCCGAAGAAAUGGACGUCGGACUCAGUAGAGAAGUGCAAUUACACCAUACAUUUUGGGGUUCUCUAAUGCAGGUAGCCUACAAAGACAACAAACUCGCCACUUUGCACCCGUCAUGUGGCCUUGAUCCUUCCCCAAACUGGAUGAAUUCGUUGGGACGAGCAAGAAUUGGUUGA